AAUGUAUAAUUUAUUUAUUUCAGGUACUUACAUAGUGCCGACCCUCUUCCAAUGCACACCAGAGGGAGGAAUAGUGCCCCCAUCAUUGGUGUCAGUGGGAGGAAUAGUGCCCCAUCAUUGGUGUCAGUGGGGGGGGAAUAGUGCCCCAUCAUUGGUGUCAGUGGGAGGAAUAGUGCCCCAUCAUUGGUGUCAUGGGGGGUGGAAUAGUGCCCCAUCGUUGGUGUCAGUGGGGGGGGGGGAAUAGUGCCCCAUCAUUGGUGUCAGUGGGGGGGAGGAAUAGUGCCCCAUCGU